AUGCCGGCAAUCAGAAGCACAAUUGACCGCCUGGACAAGCCAAGUUCAUAUGCCACAGCAAAGAAGCGCAGAAGAAAUCGUGACGAUGACGAGAGGGGCCCCACUCCUGAGCCCGAGGACAAGCUGAAAGACGCGACAACGCUCUACGUGGGCAACCUAUCCUUCUACACAACAGAAGAGCAGAUCCACGAGCUCUUCUCAAAGUGCGGCGAGAUCAAGCGCCUCGUCAUGGGCCUCGAUCGCUUCCAAAAGACGCCCUGUGGCUUUUGCUUCGUCGAAUACUACACACACCAGGACGCGCUGGAUUGCAUGAAGUAUAUUGGUGGCACAAAACUCGACGAGCGCGUCAUCCGCACCGAUCUGGACGAGGGCUUCGCCGAGGGCAGGCAAUACGGGCGAGGAAAGUCUGGCGGCCAGGUGCGCGACGAAUACCGCAAUGAGUAUGACCCUGGACGAGGUGGCUACGGCAGAGUGUACGCAGACGAAUACGAUGAGCGAUAA